AGAUUCCAAAAUAUACGGCGUCACAUUGUAAUCAACUUGUGGACACCAUAAUUUACGUAGUUCAUUGAGACACAUAUUUUCGUAUUCCUCUCCAAUUUUUCUUUAUAUUUAAAAUUCGUGAACCAGAAUCUAAAAUCGAACGAAGAUUCUCUCUCGCUUGAAGAAAAAUUUCUCUCCGACGAUACUUACAAAGCACAAGUGAGCUAGCUUUUCGAAAGAUUCAAUUUUUCAGCCUUAAAAUUGUGAUGGGAGUUGUAUUUAUUUCAAGUUCAGCUGCAAGAUCUCCGAUUGGGUUAAGCAGUGAUCUUUUGACACAUCGGUCUUCACUUAAGAAGCCAUCAAUUGUUGCGUUUAAAGCCGAUGAUUCGAGCAAUUCAGCUUUGAUCAUUCCUCCUCGAGAACAAGUUUUGAUUCCUGCGGAAAAGCAUAAUGAGAAGAAGAGAGUAGUAACGAGGAGGAAGCUGUGUAAAACCCCGAAAAAACCGAGUUCGUUGGAACAUAAUUCGGCUCCUUCGUGUUCAUUAGGAGUUGAUUACUAUGAAGCUGCUGCUAGACUUGAAAGCAUAUAUAAGCUUAGUCCUGCAACAACCACAUUAGUCGAGGAGGAUGUUGUUGAAGAUGGCGGCUCCAAAGCGAAAGUUUCACCGAGGAGAAAAAGGAAACAGAGUGGUGUGGAGAAGAAAGUUGUUGUGAGGAAUAAUGUGAAGAAGGAAAAGCGUUUGAGUCUUGAUAAACGGAUCGCUUUGAAGAGAAAUGUUCAAGAGAAACCAGUUGUUGUUUCUGCUGAGAAGAAAGUAACAAAGAAGCAGCAAGAGGAAGAGAAGAUCGAGAGGCUUGUGCGGGACUAUUCAGCUUCUAAUGAUAUAGUGAGCUUGGACUGGAAAAAAAUGAAGAUACCUCCUGUUCUUUCUUCCACUGAACAUGCUUGGUUGUUUAAGUUGAUGCAACCUAUGAAGGCUCUUCUUGAAGUAAAAGAUGAAUUGCAGAAGAGCUUGGGAAGAGAGCCGAGGGAAGCUGAAAUAGCCGAGGAGAUCAAUAUGACCGCAGGUGAAGUAAAAAAGAAGAUCGAAAUAGGUAGAGCUGCAAGAAACAAACUUAUUAAGCACAAUCUCCGGCUUGUCUUGUUUGUUAUGAACAAAUAUUUUCAUGAUUUUACCAACGGACCGAAAUUCCAAGACCUCUGUCAAGCGGGUAUGAGAGGGCUUAUCACAGCAAUUGACCGCUUUGAGCCAAAAAGGAAGUUUCGUCUUUCAACUUAUGGUUUGUUUUGGAUUAGACAUGCCAUCAUACGGUCAAUGACAACUUCAAACUUCACUCGCGUCCCAUUUGGACUUGAAUCGGUUAGAGUGGAGAUUUUCAAAACAAAGACUGAGCUAUUGUUUGAGCUGGGAAGACUUCCAACCGAGGACGAGGUAGUUGAGAGACUCAAGAUAACACCUGAGAGAUACCGUGAAGUAUUGAGGGCUGCAAAACCGGUUUUGUCACUAAAUUCAAAACAUUCGGUUACUCAAGAAGAAUUCAUCAACGGAAUCACAGAUGUUGACGGUGUUGGAGCUAAUAACAGCAGACAGCCUGCUCUUCUCAGGCUCGCUCUCGACGACGUGCUCGAUUCAUUGAAGCCGAAAGAGAGUCUGGUUAUUCGACAGAGGUACGGUCUUGAUGGGAAAGGCGACAGGACGCUAGGAGAGAUAGCUGGAAAUCUCAACAUCUCUAGAGAAAUGGUUAGGAAACAUGAAGUCAAGGCCUUGAUGAAGCUUAAACAUCAGGCCCGAGUUGAUUACCUUCGUCAAUACAUCGUAAUGGAGAAGAACCAUAGUAGUGGAGAGUGGGAGAAGAUGAAGAAGGAGAUCAACGAGCUAAUGACUGAAGGAAGAGACUAUGCACACCAGUUUGGAUCGGCUUCAUCUCAAGAAACACGUGAACAUUUGGCCAAGAAGAUUCUUGAAUCUUACCACAAGUCUCUCACCAUCAUGAACUACUCCGGCGAACUCGACCAAGUUUCUCAUGGUGGAGGAAGCCCCAAGAGCGACGAUUCCGAUCAAGAACCACUUCAUGUCAUCAAGAGUUCAAAGAAGUCAAUGCCAAGGUGGACUUCAAAAGUGAGAAUUGCCCCUGGAACUGGUAUUGAUAGAACACUUGACGAUGGAUUUUGUUGGAGAAAGUACGGCCAGAAAGAUAUCCUCGGAGCCAAAUUUCCAAGAGGAUACUAUAGAUGCACAUAUAGAAAGUCUCAAGGAUGUGAAGCCACUAGACAAGUCCAAAGAUCUGACGAAAAUCAGAUGCUCAUUGAGAUCAGUUACCGAGGAAUACAUUCUUGCUCUCAAGCUGCAAAUGUCGGUACAACCAUGCCGAUACAAAACCUCGAACCGAACCAGUCGCAAGAACACGAAAAUCAUGACAUUGUGAAGGAAAGUCUAGGAAACUACAAUCAUCAAGCACAUUUGCAUGACAAUUUUCACUAUCCAUUGUCCUCUACCCCAAAUCUAGAGCAUAACAAUGCGUAUAUGCUUCAACUGAGAGAUCACAACACUGAGUUUUUCGGAUCUACGAGUUUCUCUAGUGAUCUAGGAACUAAUAUCAACUACAAUUUUCCGGCAUCUGGCUCGGCUUCUCACUCAGCAUCAAACUCUCCGUCCACCGUUCCUUUGGAAUCCCCAUUUGAAAGCUAUGAUCCAAAUCAUCCAUAUGGAGGGUUUGGAGGGUUCUAUUCUUAGGUAUCCACUUAAGGGAGGGCCGGAACUUUUACAUGAUCUCUUGAUUAAAGAGAGAGAUAGUUUUUCAUAAUAGCUAAUCAAUUUCCAAUUCAAAU